AUGUCAAGUGAAUUGAAGGAGUUGAAGUCGCAACAGCGACAGAUUCGAAGUACAUUUGACGGUGUGAAACAGUUCAUUCAGAAAUUCAAGCGUGAGAAACAUGAAACCCAAAUCGAAACCAGAUUGGAGAUGCUGGACGGAGCUAUGAAAGAGUUCUACACUAUUCGGAGGAAAAUAGAUGUACUAACAGAAGAUCACGAUAAGAAGGAAACAAUUGAUUCGAAAGAAGACCCGGACGAUCGUGAAGCGCGUCUAGCAGUACUCAUUCAGAAACGAGAGUCAGAACAAUCAACUAUCAUUCAACAGGCUGAAGACACAUACUGCGAGUUGAAGGCAUCGUUACACCAACUUUCAGGAAAAUCGCGUACUGCAUCAACAUCGGAUCCAGCAAUUGUUCAAGUUCCUGCAACUUCUAGUGCAUUUUCUAAGGUUAAGCUUCCAGAAAUAAAACUCCCAAAUUUUAGUGGCAAAAUACGGGAGUGGGUCACGUUCCGUGAUAUGUUUUUAAGUUUAAUCCAUCGCAAUGAUCAGUUGACUGAUGUAGAUAAGUUUACAUAUCUUCGGUCAACGCUUGGUGGUGAAGCAUUGCAAGAAAUCUCAGCAAUCGAAAUGUCCGCUGCAAACUACACGGUCGCGUGGGACUUACUUCAAAAACGUUUCGAAAACAAGAAACUAAUAGUGAAGGCACACCUUGAUGCUCUGUUUACAGAAGAACCAUUGAAACGCGAAGGUUACGAUGGCCUCAAUCAUUUGCUAAGUGAAUAUGAUAGAAACCUUCAAAUGCUUGAUAAGAUUGGGGAAAAUACUUAUAACUGGAGUACGAUGCUCGUUUAUAUGGUAUGCUCCAGACUAGAUUCAGCCACUUUACGCCAGUGGGAAUCACAUCAUUGUUCCAAGGAGGUUCCCACCUACGAUGAAUUGGUAGGUUUCUUACGAAAUCACUGCGCUGUUCUGCAAUCGAUUGCUCCUAAUAAACCACCUCAAACUGAAGUCAAGAAGUCUCGUUUCACCCCCAGUCAUACUCAUACAUCUACAGGAGUUAUUCGUUGUCCAUUCUGUGAGGAGAGCCCGCAUUCUGCCUUCAAAUGCCAGAAAUUCAUUAAAAUGAAAGUACCCGAACGGUAUGAGAAAGUGAAGCGCUGUGGGUUGUGUUUGAACUGUUUGUCUCCAUCGCAUCUGGUUCGAUUCUGCAAUAAGGGUUUCUGUCGACAUUGUAAACAGAAACAUCACUCACUUCUACACAAUGGAGCUAUAAUCAAUGGAUCAAAUGGGCAUACUCCGCAGAAUAAUGUCUCCGCUACGCCCUCGCAGAGCAGACCACCAGCAGCGAACACUUCUCAAGUACAACCACAGCCACAGAGCCAGACCACACAAAGUCACACCACAACACCUGCUACGAAUUCACUUCCGAUCGCACACACUGAUAUGCAAUCACACAGUCACCAAUCAUUCAUCACAAAUCACACACCAUCGAAUCAUAUCAAUUCGUUGACUACAAAUUCGUACACAUCAUUAAGCCAAGUUUUGUUGUCCACUGCUGUAGUUCACGUGGUUGAUCGUUACGGCAAUAUCCAGUUAGCCAGAGCGCUUUUGGACUCAUGCUCAGAAUAUUGCUUUAUUACUACGAAUCUGUACAAAAAACUGUAUUUACCAGAAUCAGUCAGCUAUCUCUCGGUUUCGGGAAUCGGAGGUUCCAUUGUGAAGUCAUCGAAAAUGGUAGAAGCAACAAUAGCGCCGAGAUCAUCUCACAUCUCAAACUAUCUCGCAACCGUAAAACUCCACGUUUUACCAAAACUCACGUCAAGUUUGCCGUUUCAUCCUGUCGAUAUUCAGCAACUUGCGAUCCCCAACAACAUAAUUCUAGCGGACCCGAAAUUCAACGAACCUGGUCCAAUAGAUGUUAUUUUGGGAGCUGAAUACUAUUACGAUCUGUUGACAGAUGGAAGGCUUAAACUUUCAGAAGGAGGUUCAACACUACAACAAACCGUAUUCGGUUGGAUUGUGUCAGGUCGUGUGAACAAUCGAAACGUAGGAGUUCCCAGAACAAUUUCUCAUCCUUGUACAACACUCGAUCUACGAGACAUUCUAACGAAGAUCUGGGAACUAGAAUAG